AUGAUCAGCUUUGACCUUUGUUUAAAGUUAAUACCAAAUUAUUCUAUGUGUAAGAUUUGGAUUAAAACUAAUCAAAUAUUGUGGAUAUCGUUCAUAUUCUAUUUAAUAUCGUUAUAUAAAAAUGUUCGUUCUCAUAGUACUAAUAAUGAUUCUUUUCCGUUACUUAAUAAAGCAUCAUUCUUCAAAUUACUACAAAAUGGCCUUAAGCAUCCUUAUUCGUCGUACGACAUAUCGACACUCGAUUGGAAAAAACAAACAUUCAAAAAAUGGCAAAAACAACGUCAAGUACUUAUUAAACAUUGUAAACACUAUCGUCGUGAAUUAACGUUUCGUCAAUGUUUAUUAAUGUAUGAAUUUUGGUUAGAAAUAGAUGAACAAUUAACCAAGAAGACGUGUCCUAUUGGCGACUUUGAACUAUUUUGUCCAUUUUCACAAGUGAGAGUGGCAAAAAAUGAUACACAACAAAUAAUAUGUAAAAAAAUUAUGUUGACCGAUAAUUGUUUACUACGAUUACAUCAAAAUGGAACGUGCCAACAAAUAAGUCCAAUGUCAGACAAAUAUAAACAAUUGUUUCAACAUGAAUUUCAAAAUUGUUCAAUAAUACAGAACAAGAAUUCACCAUUGUAA